CACCACAUUUAGUACCGUACGAAUUGUCGGAUUCUACACGACGCACGACCGCUUUUAACGUCCGCGAUAAGUUAACAAAACUCGUUGAAAAUGCAUACAUCAAAAUGGUAGAAUCUCUGCAAAUGUUUUUAUUUCUUUUCAAAUCCAAGUACAGACGAAAAUGGUCCUGGUUCUCUCCGUUCCUAUGUUCAGUGCUCAUAGUGUUAUUGUUUUGUCACGGAGUUCUAGCUAAGUGUAGUGAUCAUAACUGCUUAAAUGGUGUGUGUAAAAAUGAUACUUGCGUGUGCUACGAGGGCUGGCAAGGUCCCCAGUGCCAGCACUGCGGCGGGAAAAUAAAAUUAACCGAACCAACGGGAAUAAUAACCGACGGUCCGGGAAACUACAGCGUCAGUACACAAUGUUCGUGGCUGAUUGUACCGCCGCGGCUCGGGCCCAACCCUCCCGCGCUGCGUGUACGACUCGAAAGCUUCGCCACGGAAUGUGGAUGGGACCAUUUGUACGUGUACGACGGUGACAGCGUACGAGCGGAGCGUUUGUUGGCCGUUUUUAGUGGUGUGCUAGAUAAUAAGGAUUCCGGCUGGACUCGUCAAGUGAUAGCUCGUUCUGGGAGCGUACUUUUACAUUUCUUUUCGGACGACGCGUACGCGAUGGAGGGCUUCAAUGUAACGUACGCGGCGUACUCUUGCCCUUCGAACGAUCACCGUACGAAUUGUUCUAAUCACGGCGAGUGUGACGAGGGCUCGUGUAGAUGUGAACCGGACUGGGUCGGUGUUGCGUGUGAUCAGCCUUUAUGUCCAAACGACUGCAACGCAGAAAAUGGCGGCGGACUGUGCACGCCGAGCGGCUGCGUGUGCGCGGAGGGGCGCGGCGGCAGCGCGUGCGGCGCGCAGGGCGGCGCGGCGGCGUGGCGCUGGGCGUGGCGCGAGGAGGGCGAGGGGGGCGCGCGGCCGCGGGGCGCGCCGCCGCCCGCCGCCGGACACGCGCUCGUCGCGCACGAGCAGGACCUGCUGCGCGUCGGCGGGGAGACCUUCGCCGACGCGCCCUUCCUCCACAGAUAUAAAACAGUAGAAAAUGAAUGGAUAGCCAUGGAAGCGAGAGGGGAAGUCCCAUUGCCACGUUUCGCACACUCGGCCGUGAUCUACGGCAACGAGUUGAUAGUUUAUGGAGGCGUUGUAGCCUCGGACGAGCCAGAGAGGGGCGGCGGGUUGGCGGGGCUGGAGGGGCGCGCGGGCGAGGUGACGAACGAGGUGUGGCGCGCGCGCCUGGACGCCGCGCACGCGGGCUGGCGGAACGCCACGCCCACCGCCUGCUCGCCGCACCGGCCCGCGCCGCUGAAGCACUGCGGAGGCCUCCAUUUAUCUGGUCACACAGCAGUCAUGGUGCAAAUGGGUCCAACGAAGAAACCGGUCAUGUUAGUGUUUUUUGGACAUUCUCCGUAUUACGGAUACCUGCAUCUCGUCCAGGAGUACUACGUGGAGGAGGGGUGGUGGGGCGCGGCGGGCACGCGCGGCGCGGCGGCGCGCGGCGGGUUCGCGCACUCGGCCGCCUACGACGCGCUGUCGGCGCGCGUGUACGUGCAUGCCGGCCUCGUGUCCGAGUCGGAGGCCACGCAGGCGCCAUCCGCUGCGCUGUACGAGUACGAGAUCGAGACGAGGAUCUGGCGUCCCUUACCAUCAGCGCCGACGCCGAGAUAUUUACACACAGCGCUUUUUGUAUCGCCUGGCAUGAUGCUCGUGUUCGGCGGCAACGCGCACAACGACAGCGCGAGUGCGGGCGCGGGCGCGGGCGCGGGCGCGGCGCGCUGCUACGCCGCCGCCGCGCACCUCUACCACGCGCGGUGCAGGACGUGGUACACGAUCCCGGGCUUGGACAGCUCUGCGCGCGCAGCACAUGCGGCCGCCCUGCUGCCGCACGCGCCGCGACCCACCGCCAUCGUGCACGCGGGCUUCGACGGUCGGCUACGUUCAGACGCGCUACUGUUCGAGACGGGAGAUAAGUGUUCAACCAGACGUGACGAAGCGUCCUGCCUCGACAGCGCGCAACGAGCCGGCACCGCGUGCGUGUGGCGCGCGACUGACCAGACCUGCGUCGCUAUAGAGGAAAUCGGGUGGAAGCAAUCAUUCGAUGAAAGUGUCAAGGCGUGCGUGAACGAGCCAGUGUUUGACGAGCGUCGCUGCGCGCGCGCGGAGUACUGCUCGGCGUGCGUGGCGAGCGGCUGCGCGUGGUGCGGCAGCUGCCUGCCCACGGCGCAGCACUGCCUGCGGCACGCGCACCAGCAGCACGCGCUGAUGUCGCUGUCGGUGGACGAGUGCGUGUCAGCUGGUGGCGGGGGGGAGGUGUGUGGGCGGUACCACUCGUGCGCGGCGUGUCACGCGCACCUACACCGACACCCUCACGGUUCAGAAGAAUUGAGUCAGCGAGCUUGUUACUGGGACUACGACACUGUUAAAUGUAGACCAGCAAAUUCUUCUACCGACAUCAGAAGUGUGGCUGCGACAGCAACAGGAGUGUGUAGUGCGGCGUGCGCCACGUUCCGCACAUGUGCGAACUGUACCGCAGAGGAGUGUAUUUGGUGCGCUUCAGCCGGCCGAUGUGUCGAUAAGAACGCGUACGGUGCGUCGUUCCCCAUGGGCGGCUGCCGCGCGUGGUCCACCAACGGCUGCGCGGGCGCGGCGGGCGCGGCGGGGGCCGCGGGCGGCGGCUGCGCGGCGCACGCGUCGUGCGCGGCGUGUCUGGCGGAGCCGGCGUGCGGCUGGUGCGACGACGGCGCGGGCGGCGGGCGCGGCGCGUGCCUGCCGGGCGGGGAGCGGCGCCCGCACCACCCACACGUGUGUCCGCAUCGCAGAUGGCACUUCACGCGCUGCCCGGCGUGCCAGUGCAACGGGCACGCGGUGUGCGACGGCGCGGCGCGCUGCGUGCAGCCGUGCGGCGCGCGCGCGGUGGGCCCGCACUGCGACACGUGCGCGCCCGCGCACUGGGGGUCGCCGCUCAACGGCGGCCUGUGCCAACCGUGCGAGUGCAACGCGCAGGCGGUGUCGUGCGCCGUGGACACGGGGCGCUGCUACUGCAGCACGAAGGGGCUGGCGGGCGACCGCUGCGACAAGUGCGACAACACCAACCACUACCACGCCGACCUCUUCAACAAGGGCUGCUAUUACGAUCUAGCAGUCGACUACCAGUUCACGUUCAACCUCUCGAAGAAGGAGGACCGGCACCUGUCCGCCAUCAACUUCCGCAACGCGCCCGUGAAGCCGGACGUGGACGCCGACUUCAGCAUCACGUGCUCCGCGCACGCGCGCAUGAACCUCACCGUGCGCACGCGCAGCGACCCCGCCGAGCGCACGCUAUUCAGCGACGUCAAUUGCACCAACUUCCGCUACAAGUUCGCGAAGUCGGAACACGCCUUCGGCGUCGAGGACAACGUGACUCUGACGACGUUCUUCGUGUAUGUGUACGACUUCCGGCCGCCGUUGUGGAUACAGAUAUCGUUCUCGCAGUACCCGAAGUUAAAUUUACAACAGUUUUUCAUUACGUUCUCGUCGUGUUUCUUACUCUUGUUGCUGGUCGCUGCCGCCCUGUGGAAAAUAAAACAGAAAUAUGAUUUGUACCGAAGAAGGCAGCGAUUGUUUGUAGAAAUGGAACAAAUGGCAUCUAGACCUUUUAGUCAAGUCAGUAUCGAACUGGAGAAGGGAGGCGGGGGCAGCGGAGUCCCCGCGCCGGUGGCGCUGGAGCCGUGCCGCUCGGGCCGCGCCGCCGUGCUGUCGCUGCUGGUGCGCCUGCCCACCGGGGGCACCGGCCGGGCGCCGCCGCUCGGGGGGCUGGCGCUCGCCUCCGCGCUCGUCACGCUCGGCCACCAGCACCACGCGCACCACGCGCCGCACGCUAACACCGACAGAUGGCGAAGAGAUAACCAAUGUAAAUAGGAUUGUAUGAAGUAAGUGUACAUAGGACAGUCUAGUGCAUUGCUCAAUGGAGUUAGGACCAUAAUACUCAGACCGCUUCGUGCGUAAUUACGUAUAAGUUUUAAAAUGGACGUUUACGAAAAUAAACGAUAUUUUAUAACAAACGGUAACAUCACCAUAGAACACAGAAUGUAAUGGAAGUGACAAAUAAUGUCGCUAAUUUAAUUGCUAUCACAUAUGUUGAAAAAUUUUAAUAGUAU